AUGGCUCUCACGUACAAGCAGUCGGUUCUCGUGCGGGGCUCGAUCCCCGCCCUGCGCGAGCACGGCGAGACCAUCACAAGCCUCUUCUACGCCAACAUGUUGCGCGCCCAUCCGGAGCUGCAUGACAUGUUCAACACAGCCAACCAGGCCAACGGCCGGCAACCGCGUGCCCUGACGUCUGUCAUCCUGGCCUUUGCCGCCAACCUCAACCACACAGCCGAGCUCAUCCCCCGUCUCGAACGCAUGUGCAACAAGCACUGCUCCCUCAACAUCCGGCCCGAACACUACGACAUUGUCGGCAACAAGGUCGCCGACGCCGACUCGUGCCAGACGCGCGCCCCCGGCGACGAGUACGGCGUGCGCCUCGACCUCGCCGUCAUGGACCGCGGGCAGCUGCACCUCGAGCACGGCGGCGCCGAGUACUACAUUUGCGGGUCCGAGGCCUUCAUGGCCGAGACGUCAGCCUACCUCGUCGCGCAGGGCGUCGACGAGACGAGGGUGCACUACGAGUGGUUCACGACGGGCGACCCGGAGUUCAAGCACUAG